AUGGGUAAACAUAAAUUUUGGCCUUUCAAGAGGCCAGAAGCCAAACAGACACCAAAAACACUGCCAAACUUACUGUCUCCGUCUACCCCUGAUGGCGCCACAUCAUCACGCUCUAGCGACUCCGCAAUCGAGUCAGUUCGUACUGUCCCUGGAACAUCUGACAACCCAGCUCCUACCAUCAGAAAUACGACCACUGAAACGGCUACCCCGACGGCUUUGUUAAAAAAAACAGCAAAUUCAACUACAGCAGCUCUCGCCUCGCCAGUAACAGCCGAGAAUGACGCACCACUGGCAGACUCACUUUGGGACCACGCGUACGAUACGCUAAAGGUCAGCCAUGGUGAGCUAAUAGAAGCAUACGAAGACUUGCUCUCUAAGUCAUUGUAUCAAGACACCCCAUCCUGA